AUGAGUCCUGUUGUUGAGGACGGGGUCGUGACGUGGAGAGUCCCGUUGGGAGAGGGCGCGGUUCCGCAUGUGGCGUUGGAGGAUUAUGAGGUUUAUGUCAGGUGGUUGUUCGAUCAUCAGGAGGAGGCCAAUGGGUUAGACCUCGAGGCAGCGAUUGAGCACGUUCACUAUCACGAUCUAGCCGCAGCAUUCGCCAAAGUCACGGGCAAGCCAGCACAAUACACCGACACCAGCCUAGAAGAAUACUGGACCUCCGGACCUCUGGCACAAGGUGGCGCCGGUGGGGCGCCUGCAGGCUACACUGCCGAUUCUAAGGACUCUGCGACAAUGACGAUCAAGGAGAAUUUCACGGGGUUCUGGAAUUUGUGGAAGCAUUCGGGUGGAAACAAGGGUGUGGUGAAGAGGGAUUAUGCUUUGCUUGAUAAGAUGCAUCCUGAGCGGAUCAAGUCGGCGGAGGACUGGUUUCGGAGGGAGGAUCAGCGAGGUCGUGAGGCGGGUCUGGGAGGAGGCAGGGGAAGCUAUCAGUAUGGAUGCAAGUGA